AUGGAGAAAAUAGAUGCCCAGGACAGCAUACAGGCGGACGACGUUGAGGUCCAGCAUGUCGAAUCUUACGAGUCCUUCUAUAGUCAUUCUACCUUUGCUCGACUCAAAACAUACCUCGUGAUCGCUGCCGCAGGUCUGACCUUCGCCGCCCAAGGCUUCGCCAUUGGAGGAGCAGGACUCCUUGCUCGCGACAUCACCGCUGUGACAGGCGACCCCAGCAAUGCCAACUGGUUCACUAUCAUCAUCGGACUCGGAGCUGUAGCUCUGAUAGCACCCGUCAGUCAAGCCGCCGACUACUGGGGUAGGAAGGUGUUCAUGGUCUUCUUCUCGCUCAUGGGAGUUGUGGGUUGCAUCAUUGUUUCCCGGGCUCAAUCCCCAGCAGCGACACUUGCAGGCUUCGCCGUCCUUAGUUUGGGCUUCGGCACCCAGGCUCUAGGAGGCACGAUUUGCUCAGAAGUGCUGCCUCGAGAAAUCCGAUCCUAUGGCUCUGCGGCAUAUCAGUCUUCUGCUUCUCUAGGGGUCCUGGUAGGUGUCGUGUCUGCCGGUGCCUUGGUCAGACACAACAAUCCUGCCGGCUUCCGGACUUAUUUCUACAUAACAGCAGGCAUAGCUCCAGAAGUCCCUCGGAUUCUCACAGAAACUCCAAAGGCUCGACUGGGUCGCAUACUUCUAGUAGUCUCCGGACUGCUACUUGUGUGUCUUGGACUCUCCUGGUCGUUGAAUCCCUACAAAUGGUCCAAUGCACACGUCUCCGCCCCGUUCGCAGUUGGCCUCGCACUCCUGAUAGCUCUGGUGAUCUACUCCUGGCGGAUAAAGCCAGAUGGGUUAAUCAACCACGGCCUUUUCCAACACCGAAACUUCGCCCUUGUACUCGUCGUCAUCUUCGCCGAGGGCAUGGCAUUUUUCUGCGCCAAUAACUUCCAGCCACUGACCACCCUUGUGUUUUUCACAACAGACCCGCUUUACAUCGCAUUACACAAUGCCGUCGCGAUGGGGACCUCCAUCGUCUUCGCGUGCCUAGCGGGCUUGUAUUCAAAGAAGACCAAGACGGUGCGCUCGUUACUCACUGUCUCAUUUAUCUUCUUCACGAUCUACGGUAUAGUCAUGGCAACAGUUACGCCACGGACUCCUGGCGCCGCUUUCUGGGCCUACCAAAUCUUCCAAGGCGCCGGCCUGGGUAUCUGCCUGAUGGCCAGUGUCGUCGCCGCCCAGUUCGCCACACCCUUAGACCUCAUCUCCACGGCCACCGGUCUGCUGCUCACUGUCAGAAAUUUUGGCGGCACCGUCGGCAUCGCUGUCUUCAGUGCGCUUCUGAACUCCGGCAUGAGCAGUCUGGGCACCAACAUCGCAGCCAAGACUCUCGCGAUGGGUUUGCCGCCGACGUCGCUCGCCGCGUUGAUCGGCAAUCUUGUGGCUGGGAACUAUACUGCUCUGGCUCAAGUUCCUGGUGUGACACCGGAGAUCAUUGGUGCUGCCUCGGAGAUACUGCUCGAAAGCUACAAAUUCGGCCUGCGCAAUGGGUGGGCUUUCACUGCUGCCGCUUCCGCGAUCGCCGUUGUCUGCUGUCUUUUCUUGGUCGACCCUAAGGCAGAGUUCAAUGCUCAUAUCGAUGCUCCGGUAUUUGAUCGUGCUGCUGCGGCUAGUGAUGAGCAGACACACGGGAAGCCCUAG